AUGGCGAAGACGCUGGUUUUAAUGAUGGCCGCGCUGCUUAUCAUCGGCGCUAAUCUUCCGUCAUCGUCGGCUCAAGAAGUUCCCCCAGAUGUCGCGGGGCUUGAAGCUGAGGCGGGCGACAAAGCUUCCUUGGCUGCAGACGCGGGGACGGAGCCAAAAGAUGGCUCGGCUCUUCCAGUUGAAGCUGGCUUGGCUACGAAACCUGAGCCAGCUCUUCCAGAAGAGCCGGCUAAGGAGGAGCCGGCCGAAAAAGAUGGCUCGGCUGAGAAAGACAAAAAGGAUGACAAAAAAGAAUCAGAUGAGAAGGAGAAGUCAGAUGAUAAAGAGAAAGACAAAGAGAAAGACAAAGACAAAGACAAAGACGAAGGUGAGAAAAAGAAGAAAAAGAAGUGUGACAAAAAAGAUAAAAAGAAGUCUGAUGACAAGGACGAAGACAAGGACGAGAAAAAGGACAAAAAGAAAGAUAAGGACGAGAAGAAGGGCAAAGAGAAGUCAGAUGACAAAGACAAGGACGAGAAGAAGGAUAAAGAUAACGACGAGAAGAAAGAUAAAGAGAAGAAGGAUAAAGACAAAGAUGAGAAGAAGGACAAAGAGAAGUCGGGUGAUAAAGGGAAAGAUGAGAAAAAGGACAAAGAGAAGUCGGGUGACAAAGACAAAGAUGAGAAGAAGGACAAAGAGAAGUCCCCUGAGAAAGAUGAGUCGGCGAAAAAUAAGGCACCAGUGGGGCGGCGGCUGUUGUCGGACGUCGGGAACACCGUUGAUGGGAUGGAGAACGGAGCUAACCGUAUGAAGGAUAAGGUUUCCGGCUAUUUUUGA